AUGAUCUUCACUAGAUAUGUACUAUGUGCUUUAGCGGCAAGCCUCCCAGUGUCUGGAGCCAUUCUCUCCGGCAACCGCCAGGAUGUGCUGCAGUCUGGCUGUGAUGGCUCUGGUGUUGUGGAUGGCGGUCACUGCAAUGGCACCGGAGUGGUGGACGACCCAACCCCCCAUCACCGGGAAGGGUUCCAGUUUGAGAACCCAUCAACCGACUGCAAAUACGUGUCACAGAUGUACAUCUGGGAUUCCUUCAAAGUGUUAGAGAAAGAUAUGAUGAAAUUGUUUACGCUGAUCCACAAAGACGUCGAUUUUACCGUCGUUGGGCACCACCCCGUCGCCGGCCACUACCACGAUCUGCUACAUUUCUACGUGAAUGCCCUGCGGCGAGUGAGUGUUGUGUUUCUCGACCAUGCAGAUCUCUUCGAGAUCCACCCGCAGGGAAUCUACGGUGGAUGUAACGCCGAAUGGUCGGUGCAAGAGAUCCAAUUUAAGGGAGUGAUGAAUUCCGGUGACAAGUUCGAUAUCAUCAACGUGUGGUUCACUCGCUGGCAUCAUGGCCAAAUGGUGGAGAUCCGCACCUAUAUUGACGCCCCCAGGAUCAUAGAGGCCUUGCAGAAGAACGAGAUUUGGUGGAAUGGCACGACACACAGAGAGAAUCUGCAUUAUAUGCCCGGACCAGCCGGUAUGCCCGAUCUGGAGAAGCUUGAGAAGAUGAUGGGAUAUCCAGAUGGAAGCAAAUACGUAGCGUAG